AUGGAACCCUAUGGGGCUCUGGCACAGACCCGCCAGAUCGGCAAAGCCUCAACAGGCGCCCGCAGAAAACUGGGCCGGCCGUCUUCGUUCAUCUUCAAAAAAGUCCCUGGGCAAUCAAACGAAUUGCUGCAAGAGGAACCACAACAAACCCGCUGCCAUGGAGCCAGACAAGAGCAGCCCCGGCGGUUCACGGCGGACCAGGAAAUGGGCCACCAAAACCCGUACCGGCUGCAUCACUUGCAGGCUUCCGUCGCCGUCCCUAGACGACGGCGUAUCAAAUGCGAUGAAGGCGCGCCAUCUUGUAAGAAGUGCAUUUCCACCGGUCGCGAGUGCGAAGGAUACAGCAACGGCGCCGUUGCCGUCGCCGCCGCCGCCUACACCACAGGGGCGGCAGCGGCGGCCGGCCUCUUGGCGGUGUACAACCAACCGAUGCCGACCGUGGCCCCCGCGGGCGUCGACGCCAGCCACGCCGAGCGCGGGGCCUUUGCCAUGCUGCGCGGCGAGUGCGUGCGGCGCAUGGCCGGGCUGUUCAGCGCCUCGUUCUGGACCGUCGACGUGAUGCGCGCGACGCACGUGUACCCGGCCAUCUGGCACGCAGGGCUCGCCCUGGCCACCAUGCACCGCGCGACGUGCAUCACGGCGCAGACGGCGCACGCCCGCGCCUCGCGCCAGCGCCACGAGGCCUUUGCCCUCGCCCAGUUCCACGCCGCCGUCCUCGCCGUCCUGCGUCUCACCCGCAAGCCGGUCCUGACCGACGCCGACAAGGAGGCCAUCCUGCUCGCCAGCACCCUCUUCACCGGCCUGUGCUGCCUGCAGGAGAACUACGAGCAGGCCUCGCGCCACGCCAACGGCGGCAACCGCCUGUACUGGCAGUGGGAGUAUUGGAAGCGCGGCGCCGCCGCCGCCGACGAGGACGGCGAGGAUGGGGACGAGGACGGCGACGCCACGUGCACGGGGCAAGACUACCGCGUCGACAACCAGGGCUUGCGCAGGGCCGGCUGCGUCCUCACGACAAAGUCCCUGACGGCCGUCUUUACCCACUUUGAGAUGCAGUUCUGCAGCCGCUUCCGCACCACGGAAAACCCCGAGUGGCGGUGGUGCGACAGGGCGCACAGGUGCUCCGCCGCGCCCUUUGCCUCGGCCGCCGACGCCUACACGGAGCUGCAGCCGCUGCUGACGGGCUACUGCCACAUGGGGCGCUACCUGAGCGUCCCGCGCGACGUGGCCGAGCUGGCGCCCGUCUGGCGCACCGUCGAUGCCUACGUGCGCGAGCUGCGCGCGUGGCAACUCAAGUUUGACGACCUGCUCGCGCGCCGCCGCCGCCGCCGCCGCCGCCCCGCCAGCGACGACGACGACGACGACGAGGAGCACCACCACAUCCUGAGCCUGCAGCUGCUGUGGAUGGUGCUCGAGACGUGCCUCGGCCACAGCGAGGAGAGCGGCGAGAUGAUCUGGGACGAGCGCACGGCCGACAUGGAGCGCGUCACCGCCUUUGCCGAGACGCACUUUGCCGCGCGGUGCCGGCCCGGCGCGCCGCGCGUCUUUACCUUUUCCUUUGCCAUGAGCAUCUGCGAGAUGCUCACCUUUGUCGGCACCAACUGCCGCGACGGCGGCAUCCGCCGGCGCCUCAUCACGCUGCUGCACGGCUGGCGCGAGCGCGACGGCAUGAUGCCCGCCCGCCUGCUCGCCCUCAUCGUCCACUCCGUCAUGGUGCUCGAGGAGAAUGCCACGACGGGCAUGCAGGCCCCGCACGACGCCUGCGUCUGCGUCCCCGGCUCCUUGAUCUGCAACCAUCACCGCGUCUGCCUGAUUGACACGCAGUUUCUGGGCGAGCGCAGCGCCACCAUUGUGCUGACGACGGCCGGCAUGCUCGAGAUGAAGCUGCCGCCGUAUGAGACGAGCGUAAGCUGGUGA